UAUAUGGGAUUACGGACAAAAUAAAAUGAAAUGAAAGCCAAACCAUGAACCAAUACCAACAAAAAAAAAAAAAAAUGUCAUAAAAUAUUUGAUAAUUGAAAGUAGAAAAUAACUUUUCCUAGACUAAUAUAUCUAAUUAAUAAUUGUGAAGGUUAUCGCUGUUUUUGUGGAGCCCGUUUCGCCAGAAGUCCCUUGCGGCGAUCAUCACAAGUUCUUGGAGAUUCAUCUAAAAUCAAUCGGACAAGAGAAAUUAGUUUUAUUAAUAGAUAAUCUUGUACCUGUCGAAGCUUUUUUUCCAAAUUAACAAAAUUGCGGUCUCAGCAAAUAUUUUUAAGAUUUUCGAGAAAAAAAACCGACAGUUAAUUGUUUAAAAAAAUGGAAAUUUUUGAAAAAAACAAAAAUCCUUCGAUCAGGUACGAGUUUUUUAGUGGUUUUUAGUUUUAGUGGUUUUUAAGUUACAGUGAUCACCAGUUCAAAAAACAUAGUUUUGAGAAAAACGCAUUUAAAGUUUUGCUGUUGAUUUAGGAGCACCCGAGCGCCCUUUUUUAAUUGUUGAAUAACUCAAAAAGUAUUUGUCGGAUUCACUUCAAAUUUUUCCACAACAUUUUUAUACUUUAAGAAAAUGCAAACAAAAAAUUCAAUUUUUUGAAAAUUCUGACUACCAAUAACCCGUUAUGUGAUUCAAGAAAAAAGUACAAUAAUAUUCUCUCUGUAAUAAAAAAAACACAACAGGUGAGAAAUAACACUCCGGGAUGAAAUACUAUCACAGCUUAAAGGUGGGCUUAAAUUAACCAAGAUUUUAUUGAAAGACAAUAUUAACAAAGUACCAAACUACUGCGUCUACUACGAAAACUGAUUGCAAUAGACCAGCAAGGGUCAUUGGGCAUAUUUAAAAAAGCUUCAGCCCAUAUAAAACAUAAAUAAAUAAAGAAUUGGCGAGUAUACUACAACCUUCACUUUUCCGAGCUGGGUAAAUUUUCCAGACUGGGAAGAGGUCUUAGACGUUACUUUCUGCACACACAAUAACUCCCAAAUAGUCAAAAAUUAGAGGGUAUCCGACAAGAAAUCCUUUUCGGACCAUAGUUGGAUUCUCUUCGAUAUCAAUCUCGAGCUAGAGAAAGCGACCCCAUAUAGAAACCCUAGAAAAACGAACUGGCACAUAUUCUAGUCUGGCAUAUGGCACAGUAUAGAGAUCCCUGGACGGUCGAGGGCAUCUGGAUACCGAAGAUGAAGUUCGAAGCUAAGCAGCCAUACCUACAAGCACACAACCGCAUUGUUCCGAUGGAUGUCUGGAGCAUCAUCAAAGUGGAGGCUCCGCAAAGGAACAGUGUGGCCUUCCUUCUCCACAUAUCGGAGAAGGGCAUCGAGCCACUGGGAAAGGGGCCAACAAACUUCGGUUCGACGUGAGGAAAGCGCAACUGAAGAUAUUCUGUUCUGCAAAUCCGAAAGAUGAGCAGAAUGAAGUUGACGGCGCCAACGAAUUUCUCACGGGCAUGCAACUUGACGACGCCGCUCCUACCAAAAACGAUGGCGUUAACGAGCAGCACCAUGGGUCUCCAAAUAAACCUGCAGCACUCGCGGAUUGCAACGGACAACCCAACCGUUCUUCUGGCGGAGGAGUACGUCGACAUCGCACUAAUCCAGGAGCCUUGGCUGCGGAACACCGAGGUGAAGGGGUCGACUGGAAAAAACCCCAGCCUCUUCUACAAACGGACUGAAGGAUGUGACAGCUGUUGAGGUGGAAACCGCCGACGGUGUCGGCAUAAUACUGGCUUCCAUCUACAUGGCAUAUGAUCGGCCAGCACCACCCGAAGAGGUUCGUCGGAUUGUGCUUGAAGCUAGAAACAAAAACCUGCUACUCGGAUGCGACGUCAACCCAAGGCACUCUCUAUGGUCCAGUUCGGAAACGAAUGAAUGAGAACGGCGACUCUUAUCUGAAAGGCUUUCUACGUCUAUUGCGAAAUAAAGGCUUCAGAGCAGAUAUUGAUAUGGACUCGCAGAUUGUGGGCUCACUACUGAUGCAACAAACACCAGAGAAUAUAGACUGGCGUGAAAAAGGCAUCAAAACGCAGCCGGAUAAUCAAAAAACCUGCGGCUCCUGUUACGCUUUUAGCAUAGCUAGGAACAUUGAGGGGCAGGUAUUCAAGCGAACCGGGCGCCUGUUACAUCUGAGUCCGCAGCAGAUUGUAGAUUGUAGUGUAUCGCAUGGUAAUCAGGGUUGUACUGGUGGAUCUUUACGGAACACAUUCAAAUAUUUGCAGGAUACUGGUGGUUUAAUGCGGGAACAGGAUUACAAAUAUGUUUCAAAGAAAGGCGUAUGCCAAUUUGCUGGAGAACUGGCUGUUGUGAAUGUCACAUCGUGGGUAAUAUUGCCAGCUAAUGAUGAGAAAGCAAUUGAGGCGGCAGUGGCUUACAUUGGGCCGGUACCUGUCUCCAUAAAUGCCAGUCGACGCACUUUUCAGCUUUACAGCGAUGGUAUUUACGACGACGACUCUUGCUCUUCAGACACGGUCAACCAUGCUAUGCUUGUUGUGGGCUACAACAAAGAUUAUUGGAUUCUAAUGAAUUGGUGGGGCGAAUUGUGGGGAGAGAAUGGGUAUAUGCGUUUACGUAAGGGGAAAAAUUUGUGUGGCGUUGCUAACUAUGCAGCCUAUUCCAUUGUUUAGU